AUGCGGGAGUACGAAGAUAAAAGCACAACACAAGAACAAUCUGUGCACAUGUACGAAACGUCAAUAGGAUUAGGUAAUCGUGUGUCGAAACUCAUCUGGAUGUCUGUUAAAAAAGCACAAUAUCUAUUUAAUUCGGCUGAUCAUUUAACAAAUCUAAUUAAAAGUUGUUUUCCUGACUCGAAAAUUGCUCAGGGAAUGUCACUAGGAAGAUUUAAAGCGACUCAAGUUUCUAAAAAUGUUAUUGGUGCCUGUGCCGAACAAGAAAUAAUCUCUUAUUUAAAGGGCUCCAAAUUCAGUCUGAUUAUUGAUGAAUCUACUGACAGUUCAUCAGUUAACACUUUAUGUAUAUGCGUGAGAUUUUUCCAUCCUAAAAUCUGUAAAGUUGAUACUCUUUUCUGGAAACUUUUGCAAAUUCUCUCUGGGGAUGAACCUGAGGAAGCGGAUCAAGGUGCUACUAGCCAGAGGCUAUAUGAGGAAAUAGUAACACUCCUAUCGCAAAAUGGUAUUCCUCUUAAAAUAAUGAUUGGUUUUGCAUCGGACGGCUGUAAUACCAUGUUUGGUAGUAAAAACUCCGUGGCAAACAAAUUAGCUAACGAUAUCCCGGGAUUAAUGCUUCAGAAAUGUCUGGAACAUCGUCUUAUAUCCAGCGAGAAAAUAAAUAUUGCUCUUGAUAAAUUCGAGAUAAAAAUAUUUUAUAUUUUUUUGUAAAGGGUUCUACCUAAAUUUUUCGACCUUAACAAAUAUUUUCAGAGUGAAAAAGGGGUAAUUUUAAAUUUACACAGAAUAAAAAAACGGUAUAAUUUCGAAGAUCCUGUGCUAAGUAAGUUGCCCAUCUUAACUUUAAAUAGUAUCAAAAAGGGCAAUGAGACCACACUUUUACCGCUGAUGAAAUCUUUACCUCAAAUUUGUGAACUUCAAAACACACAUCAAAUACAAAAAACUGAUGACCAGUGGAGAAAAUUACAAAUUUACGAAGAUCUACCGGAAUCCAAGGAAGUUGAUGAGUUUUUUUAUAAACUAAGUCAGGUAAAAGAUUUUAGUGGAGAAUUCAUAUUCCCCGAUUUGUCCAAGUUUGCACUAAAUGUGCUGUCACUACCGCAUUCAAGUGCCAGUUGUGAAAGGCAAUUUUCAAAGGUGAAUUUAAUAAAAACUAAUGCAAGAAAUAGAAUAAUAACGGAUACAUUAAAUGGUCAUAUGUUAUCUUCCCAGAAAGUUCAUCUAGAACAAAACUGUUUUAGAUUUAAUCGUAGUGAAAAAAUGUUGAGAACUAUGACGUCAGCCACACUUUAUCAGAAUAAAGCUGCGACAAAAGAGAAAGAAACUAACGCAGAAUCUGAAGACGAUGACAUAAUUUUUGAUGAAUGUUAACCAUAUUUUAAUUCAAAUUUUGUGAUAUUUAGGAAAUAA